CUCGGUCCUCCCAGUCACUCAGACCUCCGGCAUCCCAGCAUUCCGCCGGCACUGAAAGCUGCGUGGUGACGUCAGCACGCUCCUUUUUUUCCCGUCUCUCUCCGGGUGCAGGGUAGCGGGGGAAGAGAUGGUGAACGUGCCGAAGACCCGCAGGACCUACUGCAAGAAAUGUCGCAAGCACCAGCCACAUAAAGUGACCCAGUACAAGAAAGGAAAGGACUCGUUAUAUGCACAGGGGAAGAGGCGUUAUGACAGAAAGCAAAGUGGUUAUGGCGGACAGACAAAGCCUAUUUUUCGAAAAAAGGCCAAGACCACAAAGAAGAUUGUGCUGAGGCUGGAGUGUGUGGAGCCCAACUGUCGAUCCAAGAGAAUGCUGGCCAUCAAGAGAUGCAAGCACUUUGAACUUGGAGGAGAUAAGAAGAGAAAGGGUCAAGUCAUCCAGUUCUAAGCUGCAUCCUUAGAUUUUUGGAGUUCACCUACACAAUAAAAAUCAUCACAUUU